ACAUUCUUCAAUCGAAAAAACUGAAAUCUCACUACACAGGGUUUGAGUGAAGGUCGAAGAAGCCAUGGCUCGCUCCGGCGUCGCGUUAGCGAUUAUUCUAAUCGGUUGUUUAUCUGCAAUUUCCAUAGCAAAAGAAGAGGCUAACAAGUUAGGAACAGUUAUUGGGAUAGAUCUUGGGACUACUUAUUCUUGUGUUGGUGUUUACAAAAACGGUCAUGUUGAGAUCAUAGCUAACGACCAAGGAAACCGUAUUACUCCAUCAUGGGUGGCUUUCACAGAGUCCGAGAGGUUGAUUGGUGAGGCAGCAAAGAAUCAAGCGGCUGUAAAUGCCGAAAGGACUAUCUUUGAUGUUAAGAGACUUAUCGGGAGGAAGUUUGAGGAUAAAGAAGUCCAGAGGGACAUGAAACUCGUUCCUUACAAAAUUGUGAACAAGGAUGGAAAGCCCUAUAUCCAAGUUAAACUUAAAGACGGGGAAACUAAGGUUUUCAGUCCGGAGGAAAUCAGUGCCAUGAUUCUAACAAAGAUGAAGGAGACCGCUGAAGCGUUCCUUGGAAAGAAAAUUAAGGAUGCUGUCGUCACAGUUCCUGCAUACUUUAACGAUGCCCAAAGACAGGCUACCAAGGAUGCUGGUGUGAUUGCUGGCUUAAACGUUGCUAGAAUCAUCAACGAGCCUACAGCUGCUGCUAUUGCAUAUGGUUUGGACAAAAAGGGUGGUGAGAAGAACAUUCUAGUUUUUGACCUUGGUGGUGGUACAUUCGAUGUCAGUAUCUUGACCAUUGACAACGGUGUUUUCGAGGUUCUAUCCACAAACGGAGACACCCAUCUUGGAGGUGAGGACUUUGACCAAAGGAUCAUGGAAUACUUCAUCAAGUUAAUCAAGAAGAAGCACGGAAAGGACAUCAGCAAGGACAACAGAGCUCUCGGAAAGCUAAGGAGGGAAGCUGAACGUGCCAAGAGAGCCUUGAGUAGCCAGCAUCAAGUCCGUGUUGAGAUCGAAUCACUCUUUGACGGUGUUGAUUUCUCCGAGCCAUUGACCCGAGCCCGGUUUGAGGAGUUGAACAAUGACUUGUUCAGAAAGACCAUGGGACCUGUGAAGAAAGCUAUGGAAGAUGCUGGUCUAGAGAAACGCCAAAUUGACGAGAUUGUUCUUGUUGGUGGUAGUACCAGAAUUCCAAAGGUUCAACAGCUUCUUAAAGAUUACUUCGAUGGCAAGGAACCCAACAAGGGUGUGAACCCUGACGAGGCUGUUGCUUUUGGUGCUGCAGUUCAAGGUGGUAUUUUGAGCGGAGAAGGUGGUGAUGAAACCAAAGAUAUCCUUCUUUUGGAUGUGGCCCCACUUACCCUUGGUAUCGAAACUGUCGGAGGAGUGAUGACCAAGUUGAUCCCCAGGAACACCGUUAUCCCAACCAAGAAAUCUCAGGUGUUCACCACAUACCAAGAUCAACAGACCGUUGUGUCGAUUCAGGUCUUCGAAGGUGAAAGGAGUCUUACAAAGGAUUGUAGACUGCUCGGAAAGUUUGAUCUCUCUGGCAUCGCACCAGCUCCAAGGGGAACCCCGCAAAUUGAAGUGACAUUUGAAGUAGACGCCAACGGUAUCUUGAACGUGAAGGCUGAGGAUAAGGGAACCGGCAAGGCAGAAAAGAUCACAAUCACGAACGAAAAGGGUCGGUUGAGUCAAGAAGAAAUCGAGCGGAUGGUUCGUGAAGCCGAGGAGUUUGCCGAGGAAGAUAAGAAGGUGAAGGAGAAGAUCGAUGCCCGUAACGCCCUCGAGACUUACGUGUACAACAUGAAGAACCAAAUCAGUGACAAGGAUAAAUUAGCCGACAAGCUAGAAGCCGAUGAGAAGGACAAAAUUGAAGCGGCAACAAAGGAGGCUCUUGAGUGGCUCGAUGACAAUCAGUCGGCGGAGAAGGAAGAGUAUGACGAGAAGCUAAAAGAGGUGGAAGCGGUUUGCAACCCGAUUAUUACGGCUGUUUAUCAGAGAACAGGUGGUGCGGCCCCUGAGGGAGGUGAAGAUGAUGAAGAACAUGAUGAGCUCUAGAGUUGUUUCUUUAUUAUUUUAAUUAGACAAGAGACAUAGGAAAACUUUUUGGCAGAAACUUUGUAUCACGCCGCCCCUUGCUUCUUUUGCUUGCUUCAGAUUUCUCUUUACUAAAGAAUGAGAUUUGAGUUCCCAGUGAAUUUAGGUUUGUUAUUGAAAAAUCAGUUUUCAGUUAAGUUCUUAUAGCA